AUGCAGAUCACGGGCGCCAUCCACACGGACUGGCUCGAGAACCCCAAGGGCUUCCUGCUCAAGCCCGACUUCAAGCGCAAGGCGCAGCACGUGGGCGCCGGCGGCAAGAAGCUCAACAGCUCGCGCCUGCUGCGGCUGCAUCUGCCUGGGAACACGUACAGGGUGCGCUGGUUCGUGCUGGACGGCAUGAUCCUGCGCUACUUCAAGACGAGCACGGAGGAGCAGGAGCUGGGCGCCAUCCACCUCACGUCGGUGAACGCCGUGCUGCCCUCGAGUGUGGCGGACGCACCCGAACACGCACUGGAUUUGGUAUGUGCGGAUCGGAUUUACACCGUGGCGGGCAAUGAUCGGGAGGAUAUGGUGCGCUGGGCGACGGUCUUGACGUUAGUGUUGCGGGGUGAGUACAAGCCCAAGUUGAUGUUGCGGCCGGAGUCGUCGAUCAUUCGUGGUAGCUCGGUGAUCCCGCGGCCGAGUGCCGUGGCGAGGAAGACGGCGAUGACGCAGGCGUCCAGGUUCACGGACGCGAACGGCAUGAGAAUGACGGGCACGCUGACAGGUGGCAUUGGAGAUGGAGACAACAAGAGCCAGGGAGACGACGAUGUCAAGGAGAAGAUCAUCACCGUCACGUUUGACCAGCCUGGCCCGUUGAACCUGAUUCUGAGAGGAACUGUGGACGACGAAGUGAUGGUGUGUGGGUUCCAGAACGGUUCCGGGCCCGGUGGGGAGCUCGGGCCGGCGGAGGCCUCGGGGGUCAUACGCGUGGGCGACCUGCUCAUUUCCAUCAACAACCACUACUUCACGAACAUUGAGUUCCAGCAGGCUGUUGACUUGAUCCGUGCUGCUGGACGCCCGCUCACGCUUCGCUUCUCCCGAGUGGACUUCCACACGGCACCGUCCACAGAUACCACGCGUGUUGCUGAAGGCUGGGUGCUCUCGAAAGAGCCUUCGGCUCACAGGUACCGCGUUCGCAUGUUGCAGCUGCAGGGUGACAAAUUGAAACUCUACAAGCCCAGCAUGCAAGGAGGAAGAGUGGACGAACCGUGUUUGGUGAUUCGUAUGGAGCAAGUCACGGACAUUCGACCCACGAACGACACACGCGAGGUCGUGACGGCGUUUACGCAAUGCCACCCGAAGCAGUGGGGUGUCACGCUUGAAGGAUCACAGAGCAUCUUCACCUUCUACACGAAAAAUCGCGAGGAUAUGGUGCAGUGGGUGGAUUUGCUCAAGAACUCGCCGUUGUUCUCGCCGAAAGCUACGAGGCUCUCGAUUCCGGUGCAUCCGGUGGCUGUUGUGGAGUUUGAUCCCAUUCUGGAGCCCAAGGUGGUGCUCCAAGACGACGUCGGCAAGCUGGGUGACCUGCUGCCAACGUUUUCGUGUCACUACUUCCUGCUUCUGGAAGAUGGGAAGAUGAUGUACUACGUUAACGCGAAUUCAGCUGCUACUCGCAUGCGUCCAAUUGGCACAUUGCGCUGCGACAAUAUCGUCAGCAUUGUGCCCAGCCAGAUCACGGAUGAUCCGGCAGCUGGAGACGAUUCAAACUCGGAAACAUCGUCGAUUGGCGGCGUCACAGAGGAGAUGAUGCCGUGGCGUCUUGAAUUGGGAAUUCUCGUGCAAGGGUCAGCGCAGAAGUACCGUCGUCCAUUUAUCAUGUGCUUUUCCACGCAAGAAAAGAUGAUGAAGUGGGGAAUUGCUAUUGGCAAGGAGGCCAAGCGACUCACAGGACAGGAAUACGAUCUGUCAUCUAUCAGCCGCCGCGCAUCCCGCAGCAAUAGCCAAACGUACGCGCCGCGACACUCGGAGACACCUAUGACGCGACCGACCAUUUCUCGACUCAUUUCAAACCCGUCCAAGUACAUCGAUCCCAACGUCCAGGAAUCCGCUCGCUUGUUCCGAAGUCUCAAGGAUGUGACGGCAAAGGCAGCUACGCGCGGCUGGUUCUUCGUGAAGAAGCCGCGGAGUGUGGGCAUGGGUGCAUACCACCCGCGAUUCCUCGUUCUUAUCGACAACCAGCUCAUGUUUUUCAAGUACGAGGUGCUCGAGGAAGAAAGCCUGCACUCGUACGCGAGUAUGCUGGAUCUUCGCAACAUUAAGGAUGUCCGAGAAGCUGACUCCGGUUUCCAGGACAACAUCGACUUUACGAUUCAGCUUACGACUGCUGAUGACAUCAUCUGGAUGCUGGUAGCAGAAAGCUACGAGCAAAAGGAAGCGUGGCUAUCGGCGUUGAUUUGGCUCUCUGAUUACUACUACCGACCUGGAGAUAACGAUGACGACAUUACACCAGCAAUAACAGACGCGAAGCGGAUUGCACUGAACACUGCAGGUAUCAUGAUGUCAAUCCCCGAGUCAGAGGGAUCAAACAGCAUGACAAGUCAGGAUGUCGAUUCAAAGGAGGCGGAUCGUCUAGCCGCUGCGGGUAUUGCAAAGGAACGGCUAUCUACAACAGGCCUGGGUGCACUUCUUACGGACGAUUUCACGGGAAUUGGCGGCGAAAUUCAGAUCGCCGGUAAAAAGGUGUUCGCAGCGAUCUCCAGUGGUGUCUUCCGUUACUACGCUUCGCAGAGCGAUUACGAGAGUGAAUGGGGUGACGCCAUCGAUGCUAUCUCCCUCAAGGAGAUCGAGGAGGUGCACUCGGAUGGUCUGGAUUUGGGCAGCUUUGUGGUGAAGGUGAAGGGUGAAAAGGAGGUGCGAUUGAUUGCAGAAAGCGCAAAGCUGGCGAAGCGUUGGAUGCUGGUUAUGUGUUGCUGCGGCGACCUGAUCCUUAAGAAAGCUCCCCACGCUGACUACUGGGCGAGCACGCAGCCGAAGGAGGCGUGGAUCUGGAAGCUUGACCGUUUGUACCAGGUAUUCCGUCGUCGCUACUUCUCCCUGCGCAACCACCAGCUUAUCUUCUACACAGAGCAGGGUGGCCGUAUGCUGGGCAUGAUUUCGCUGCCUUGCAUUUUCCACCUGCAAAUGUCCAAGGUGUGGACUCGCAGCAAGGACGAGGCCGACUUCUACCAGCUCGAAGUGAGCUUUGCGGUCCCUACAGCUGCUGAAGAGAGCUCGCGCACCGAUCAAAUUGGCGACUUCUACGCCUUCCUGUUAGCCUUUGACACGGAGGAGCAACUCAAGGAAUGGGCCAACGCUAUCUACGACUGCUGCACUAACUCAAUGUCGCUGAAGGGUAAUGCAACGCUGUCCCCACUUGGCGAAAUUCAGGUGCUUCCGAAGGAGCUGCUCAAGACGUCCACUUUCGAUCACAGCGAUGAUGCGUUCUUCAAGACGGCUGGGCUGCCGAUUGGACCCACGGUGCCGCCGAAGAGGCCCGUUCCCGACGCAGCAGUAUCCGCUAGCGAGUUCAGCUCCAGCGGAUGGUUGUACUACCGCACGUCCAAGGAGGAGCGCAUUCGACUGCGCUACUUCAUGCAGUGGGGAUAUGAGCUGUCGAUUUUCAAGCAUGAGGUGCUUGCGGACGAGGCGGCUGCUAUUCGUUACGGUGUGAUCGACUGCCGUGCACUCGUGGACGUGCGCUUCGCGUACAUCAACUCUCCGGAGAACGCUGUUGAACUCAUUUUGGGCUCCGAAACUAGUGUGAUUAUCAUCCCGCGCACGGACCAAGAAGCGGUCAUGUGGCGCAACUCGCUGCUGGAUGUAAAGCGUGCCUAUGGUCAGUUGGAGUCCGGCAAGAACAAGGAGGACACGUUUGGCACGGGCGUUUUCAUCAGUCGCGGCAGCACGUUCUCCACGCACAAGGACAACGAGGAGCUGUUGCGUCUGCAGAUCGAGUCGACCGUCAUUUAUUCGUCGAAUCUCCAGGAUUGGGACGGCCGCAAGUGGAUCCCGAAGUAUUUCGUGCUGACGAGCUCGCGCGUGCUCAUGAUGUCCCUGGCGCUGCACAUGUACGACGAGGAACCCGACAUCCUGGGCUCUUUCGCCACCAAGGAUAUCGUGGAGGUCCGUGCGUGCAACGAAAAAGAGGAAGCGGAGACCGGCAACUGCAAGUCCUCUUGUGUCAUUACGCUACGACCACAGUCGAGCAGCGCGGGCGACGUGAUUCAGGCGGUGCCUGACCGCAUGAUCGUCAGGUGUGACUCGAUCGAUCACUGCUUGGAGUGGAUGCGUUUGCUGUGCAGCAGCAACGGCAAACUGGAGCUCAAGAAGAACGCGGCCACCGGCUACUGGGGCAGUGUGAACCGCAUCGCAUCGCUUUCUCGCCACCAGAGCUUCCUCGCUACGGCGCCUCUGUCUGCGGCCAUCGCCGCCGCCAACUCUGGCUCCACAUCGUCUGCCCACGGAGGCGAGCGCACGCGGAGAAUGACGCGCCAGGAUGCCGCACGAAAGCGUACAUCAGAACUCAUCAUGAAUCGCAAGAGCAUGAUGGGAUACCCAUGA